UUCAGAUAGCACUCGGCGGCGUUCGACGACGGAAGCAAUUCGGUAGCAGCAGCAGCAUGGCUAACAACUUGGAGAACAGCAUUAACCAGGCGAACGGGAAGUUCGUCAACUUCGACCAGCACCGCGAGAAGUACACCACCCACUACAACGCCCUGCGGGACAAGGUGUACAGCGAGUGGAAGGGAUCGGGAGUUCUGGGCAAACUGGUCACCGGAUACACACUGGGCGGUGGCUAUGGCGAUAACCUCAAGGUUUCGAUGCCAGAUGAGUUCGAUUUGGUGAUUCACCUAACGUUUCCCGAGAAUGACAAGAUCAUUGCUAAGGCUGAUCCCCGUAAGCCAGGCAACGUGAUUCUGGACAUGAGCAAGGUAAUGGAGAUAAUUGGAAAUCAGGAGCACAACAAGCCAGUCUUCGAGCUCCUGCAGAAGAUCGUAAACGGCAAGAAGCAGCUGCUGGAGGACAAGCUGCAGAGCUGUUUGCAGAGAAUUAUGACCCAGGCCCUCAACAAGAUGGGCAAACAGAUCGAAGUGGAUGGGGAGGUCUCGCCCCUUAUCUACAAAAAGUGCGGUCCCGCUCACACGAUCUUCGUGAAGGGGCGCUACGAGUACUCCGUGGACUUUGUUCCGGCCAUCAAACUUUCGGCGGCUCAGGUCGUCUUGGCCCCGGAGCAGAAGAAAUACUUCGCAGGAACGCCUUACUGGGAUGCCAUUCCGAAGCCCAUGAAACCAGCCCAAAACGAAAACCCAUCCUUCAGGGCUUCCUUCUACGACGCGGAGCGCAGGCUUCUCCACGGCAAGAACAACCUGAAGAACGCAAUCCGUCUGUUGAAGCAGCACCGCAACGUCAAAAACAAAGCGAAUCUUAAGAGCUACUAUAUCAAGACGCUCUUUCUGUGGGAGGUGACUCGGCAGGAUGCCAGUUACUGGCAGAAAUCCCUGACGGAGAUUUUGAUCGACAUGCUAAGCAAGUUGGGUGAAACCCUUAAGUUGACCUCCAAGAAGGGCAAGCUGCCCUUCUUCUGGGACCCCAAACUGGACAUGUUUGCCGAACUAACCGAUCCCCAGCGAACGGAUAUGUUUAACUGCGUGACGAAGGCUGAAUAUACCUUUAGACGUGGCGAUGGAAACCUCACCGGCGACAUCGAGAACAAUGUGCAGAGCUCUUUCAGUAACAAGGACAAUGGCAAAGGUGCUGAAAAUAAGUCACCGAAUGGAAACGGCCUAAGGACCAGCACCAAGCCGAACAAGGAUUGUAAUCCCGCAAAACCCAAUGAGCAGAAGGGGGCCGUCACAUCCAAUCCCAAGCCGAAAGAACCGAAGCAAACUGUAGAGGCCAAGGUGCAAUCUACUCACAACAAAGCAAAUCCAAAACCGAAUGCACCAGAGAAGAAGCCAGUGGAGAUUCAGACCGGAACCAAGCCAAAGACAAAGGUCGAACCGAAUUCCAUCAAACCAAAUUCAAAACCAGCCAAAGUGGUAACUGCUCCCGUUCAAGCAGGCCAGGCUAAACAAAAUCCUCCAGUUGUUGCUCAGAAUACCAAUCCAAAUGGUAUUAAAGAAAAGGAAAAGUCUGCGGAGGCCCAGACCGGAACCAAGCCAAUGGCAAAGGUGGAACCCACUCCCGUCAAACCAAAUCCAAAACCAGCCAAAGUGGUAACUGCUCCUGUUCAAGCAAGCCAGGUUAAACAAAAUCCUCCAGUGGUUGCUAAGAAUACCAAUCCAAAUGGUAUUAAAGAAAAGGAAAAGUCUACGGAGGGCCAGAACGGAACCAAGCCAAAGGCAAAGGUGGAACCCACUCCCGUCAAACCAAAUCCAAAACCGAAGGCGGCAACCGUUCAACCAAACCAACCCAAACAAAAUCCCCCAGUGGGCGUUAAGAAUUCCAAUCCAAAUGGGAAUGGUAACAAGCCAAAUACUGUUGGAACUGGUGGCUCCAGUCCACAACCACCACCGCCUGGUGUGAAAAAAGAUGAAUCGAGUUGCAGGCUAAGCUAAUUUAGUAAGCUAAUUAAGUUGGUCAUCG